AUGCCUAAUGAAUCUCUACCAGUGCCGGCAUCAAUUCGCCCUACAGCAUGUAGAAUGUUUAUCGGACCAAUUUCAGCUAAUUGGGAAAAUAAGAAGCCUCUUGGGAGACUGCAUAGUCACUUUUCUUUAAUACGGUUAAGCUACAAGCCAGAGUCUGAGGUGGCUGGUACGCUUAAUCUUGACGUUUCUGACACUGUUGAACAGCGAUCGUCGAGUGAUUUUAAACCAAUCACCGAUGCCCUUACACAGUGCCAAAAUCUCCAAACAAGUUCUGAAAUAUUUGCAACUCCCACUGAAGAUAUUCGAUCAUCUCCAAUCACGCCACCUCAUUGGAAACAACCCUCUCCUAAUGAUGAUUUUGGCCUAUCUUCACCCGCUAUCGUAUCUCCACCUACUUUCGACACUGACGCUUUACAAGAAAGAGAUCGUGUUGUUUCUCCGUCAUUGUCAUCUGCUCCUAUUGCCCCCACCACCAACUUUCCAGUUGUCGAGAACCGUCCAACUGAUACAACAGAUUCCAUUUUUUCUGAACCAGUUGUACGUGGUUCUAGUUCGGUAACAUCAGACACAGUAUUAAAGAAGGGUCGUAUGCUAGUUAGAGUUGAGUACGUUCGUAGAGGAUUGAUCGAAGAGCGGUCGAAGAGACGUACUGCACGAUUCUCAAUGGGAUGGAAAGAAUAUAAGGUGGUGCUCUAUCGUGGAAAAUUGAAUAUAUGCAAUCGAAGUACUAUAGUAGAAGAAUUUGAUUUUUCGGAAGACGUGCGCUUGUCAUUAUAUUCCUCUAUAGAUUAUACGAUAGCGUUAAAAAGACUCUGCCAUCACGACGAUGAAAUCUUUCUUUUUCGUAGUAGUACCUACGCGAAUAAUUUUGAAUGGUAUCGUGAACUUCACCGUCUUUUCAAACGACGCUGUGUUAAGGUAUUACCACUCACGUGUGAUGUUUUUGUUCCUGAUCUGGGGGUAAAUGUGCGAAUUCCUGUGGACGGAUACGAUGAUGCGUAUGAAAUGACGGCAGAAAAAGUUAAGAAAAUUGUAUUGCAGCAGUUGCGAGUUGUGAAAGAGUGGGGUGAACUUUUGGAUGGUUGGCUUGGAAGUGAUCAGGUUGCCUUGUGCUGGAAGAAAUACGAUCGAUUGGAGUGGAUCUGUUCAACUAAUGCAAGCGAUAUAAAUAGCAAGGGUCUUAUAGUUGGACCUCAAUAUAUUGAAGAGACACAUCAACUACAGUUGCGACACAUUACGCAUUAUCCUACUGACGUAAUGCUGAAAGAUGGGAAUAAAAUGAAUGAACCAGCCGCAGUUGAAGGCUUUUUGACAAUCUUAACAAGUGGCAAAGGAGAGAAUAAACGUGGUUUAAGGUUCUAUUUUACUAGUCACGAUCAUUUUCUUUUCUACACAAAACCAAAAUUUGUCAAGGAACCGCCAUCUCCAGUCACCACUGUAAUGAAUGCAACUGCCGAACAACAAUGCCAAUCGGAUGAAAGAAGUGAUCGUGAAAGAUGCAUCAAUCACAUCAAACAUUCGUUAGGUUUCAUUGAUUUAACAGAAGUAACACGUGUUGAGUUAUCACAAGUUGUCCGUAAUAAUUUGUCCAAUCCCACGGAGGAACAACCGUCAUCUGACAGACAUUCAAGAAUAAUACUGUUGGCGUUAAAGAAUGAAUUAGCUGUUAAGUUGGAGGCUCAGUCAUCAGAUACAGCUAGAGAGUGGGUAUCAUGUCUCUCUGAUCUCGUGAAAUAUUGGCAAGCUAGGAGAGCAGCUGAUGCAAAAGAGCGAAUACUUACUGCCAAGGCCAAUAAUCAGUCUAUAUAUUAUGGAGACGGCGACGAUAGUAAAUACUGGACCGAGAAUGUCCGUGAUAAAGUAGCGCACGUUCACGCUUUUGCUAACCAAUAUAUUUGGAACAUGUGCAUCCCGAAUGGUUGUCGGGACAUAACAAAAUCAGGUGUACUCUAUUGUCGGCCUCACUUGAGAUAUACCUUCGAAAAAUUUCAUUUCAUUCUUGCUUGUGAUAAUCUUUUGUAUUAUGACUUUCAUAGUCGACGUAUAUCAGGGCGUGCUAUUCCCUGCACUCAUCAUAAGCGUAGAGGAAUCAUAAGGUUACAUGAUUGUUAUGCAUACUCUGGGAGUGUAGCUGAUGAUCUUACUUAUCCUGCAAACGCAUGGUAUAAAGCUGCUGCCGAUAGUGAUCUGCCAUGUAUCUACGGUGAUCAAACAUUUUCCAUUGAUGAAGAAGACGAUUGCACAUUUGUCAUCUGGAAAAACACAAGGAGGUAUUGCUUUGGAAAACAGGGUUCGUCUAUCGCAUUGAAAAGGAAAGUCAAAUUGGAUUCUGUUGGCAAAAGAUGGAUUUUUAGAGCGAGGAAUCGGGCAGAAUGCGAAGAAUGGGUGUAUGCCCUGAACAUUGAAAUCGAGAGAGCCCGAGAUAGCAUUAAAAAUCAAAGGAACAGCAAGAAAUAA